CUGUCUAUAUGAAAUAACAUUAAGAUGGCGGAUUUCACCGUCUUUCUCAGAUGACGCUUUCUCUAAUAUUCUAUUAUUCAUGCUGUCUAAAUUUUUCUCUGAAUACUGAAUGUAUCGUCGCUAAGUAACAUAAUUUAAAAAAAAAUUCAAUAUUAAUUUUAAAACUUUGUUAACUUAAAAGGAUAUAUUCAUCAUUUAUUUCAAAGGUAAUUCAAGUUCUGUUAGUUAGUGACUAUGACUAUGUCACUAUGACUAAGUUAGUGUCAGUUAGUACUGAACUGUACUGUUUGUGUUAAUUUGUUGUCAGUACUGUACUUGGUGUACUGUUAUUAACCCUCUGGAGACGUAGCCUUUUCGGGGUGUAUGUGCCAAAAAUACGGAGGUCUUUUAACAAGCUCGGCACUCGCAUUGCAAAAAAAAAUUUAUAAGAAAGACACUAUUCCCUUAAUAAUUAAUAUAUAAUAUAUAUAAAAACUAUACUAUAUUAUAUAUAUUAUUAAUUAUUAUUAUAUAUUCAUGUAGGAAAUUGAAUGGACUAAUACAAUCUCUAUGAAUCAAACUGAAAUAUCAAAAUGUAUGCAAAUGAGCUACCUUAAUUUGCUUAGUUUAUGUGUGUAAUUUUUUGUUACACCUAGACUAAACAUGACUUACUUGUAUUGUAUCAAUUAUGUGAGUGUGAAUUUUUUGAUGGAUGAAGCCUGAAUAAGUCCUAACACUUAUGUUUUUGGGAGACAAGGCCCAUGGAGGCCCUUCAUAUACAUCUGGCACAUUGUUCUACUCUUUUUCAACCCCCCUCCCUAUUUUUCAGUUGUUACAGACACACUAUAACAGGCCCCCAUUUAUGACCUAGGGACCUUCUCUUAGGCUGGAUGUUACUGAGAAAGUUGUUUGCAUAUCUAUUGGUCUCUCUCAUAAACAUUUGAGUGAUAUUUAGUGUAAAAAAAUAGCAUACAUAAAGUACUAAAAUGUGGUGCUUAUGCCUUAUUUAUAGGACUUAUGUUGUCUAAAAAUUCAGAGGGGUCAUCUCUGUCCAUUUGAGGACCCCUAAUACUAGUAAUACUAGACCAAAAGUUCACAACAUUAGCAUUUCCCUCAAUUUUAAAGUCUUCAUUAAUUUCCUGGUUGUUUUUAUCAGUUUCACUGUCAAAUUCACUGCUAGAAUAUCAAAAUCACUAAGCACAGUUUGAUCAGAGUCACUGUCAGACAUGUUCGAAUUUCACGAUGUACCUACACACACAAAAAAAAUUCCUGCACACAAAUAAAUUGAGUUCACCUUCAACGAACGCCGCCAUUACAAUGCCGGGAUGUGCAGGAAUACGUAAGAAUAAUUUUGAUUCGCUGGUACAACGCCAAGCCAUCCAAUCGUGAGGCUCGAUUUAUCGGGCUGAUAGUUCGGACUUAACGUCUUUCUCGCUAGUCAACAUUGGGCUGAUAGAUCGGCCCUUACGUCUCCAGAGGGUUAAUAACUCAGAUCACUGUUUAUGUUAUGAUUUUAAUAUUCAUUGUCAUUACUAAGACCUGAUAAUGAUAGGAUUACUAACCUACUCAGCCAUGAUUAUGAAUUAUAAAUUAUGAUUUACUUAUCUCUAGCCUUAGCCUAGUCUAGUAAUUAACUUUAAGUAGGCAGUAAAUAUUGACUACGAGUGCCACUAUUUUCUCAAUGCCCGCCAUCUUGGUUAACACGUCAUGUGAAUUCAUCUAUCCCUAUGCCUAACCUGAACCCUAAAUCGAUCCCUAUGCCUAACCUGAAACCCUAAAUCGAUCCCUAUGCCUAACCUGAACCCUAAAUCGAUCCCUAAAAUAAUUUAGUAAAAAUAAACAAUGGGAAGUCACUUCCUGGAAAAUAAGUCGUGGCAAUCGUAACUAGGAUUAGCCAUAAUCAUAAACUAAAUCACAUGGCAUUUUUGGCUGCAGGGCUGGCAAUGUCUUCCACAGUAUAUAGACAUGGGGGGGGGGGCCCUUCCCCCCCCCCCCCCCCCAAUUGAUGGGAUAAAAUUUUUUAGACAAAAAUAGACACAAAAUUUAUUAAAGUAAAGAGAAAAUAAAGAGAAAGUAACUAAGCUGAUGUCCUGUCCGUUUGUUCACCAUACAAAUACGCUACAGUAAAUUAAAACUAUAUUAAAACAUUACUAAAAAUUUAAUCUAUUUUUUUUGCCCCCCCCCUAGAAAGUUUUCUGCGGGCGCCCAUGUAUAUAGACAUAGGUCAUGGAGGGUCCUCAAGUCAAUUGCCGGCCAUAAUCAUAAUUGUUUUUUUUUUCAAAACAUUUUGAAAUUCAGCUCUGUAUUUAUUUGGAAAGUUUUUUUAUCAUUUUUUAAAUUUUUGUCUUGAAAGUGAAAGAGUGGGGAGCGGGGGCCGAAAAUAAAACGUCAAAUUUAGCAAAAAAAAUAAAAAUGAAAAAGAAAAAAAAAACCUGUUGGAUCCUUUAAAAUUAACGGCUAAAAUGCAAUGCCGGUGAUGUCUUCCACCACAGUAGUCUAUAUAGGAAUGGAGGUUCUCCAGGUCAACUGCCAGCCUAUGUUCCGUUUUUUUAAGUAUAAAUAUUUCAAAAUUUAGCUCUGUAUUUGAUACGUGUUUUUUUCUUCUCAUUUUUAAGUUCUGGUUUCCCUUCCCAUGAAAUUAUUUUAUUUCUUAUUUUUGUAUUGAAAUUAGGGGAUGGUUCUACCCUCUCCAGAAAAAUUAUGUUGAAAUGUCCCAUUAAAUUGCGACAUUAUAAUUAUAUAAAUGAGUGGAAAACAUGUAUUUCAUUUUCAACCAAUCAGAAAACAACACUUUUAACCAUGGUGUGUCUUUUUUCUGGUGUUAAUCUUGGGUUAUCAGCAAGGAUGAGUUUCUCUUCAUUUCUUUUGAAACUUUGUAAGUUGAAUUUUAAUAAAAAACCAAAUGGAAAAUUUCAUUUUAACUUAUUUCAUAUUAACUGUAUCAAUAGUUUAUGGUUUUGACACAUACAACGCUCAGUGAAGAACGGGAAAGUUAUCAUUAUCAUCGUUCAGGUAGUGUUGGUCCUAUCACCCUAAGACCAGUGUUGGGAUUCCCAAAAAUGACGUCACUGCACUUAGGUUGAGACACCUCUUGGCAAAACCCCCAAAUUAACAAUAUAAAACAAUAAUAAUAAUCCCCCCAAUUCCCCCAUUAUUCUGUUUACGACACUUAAAGUAUUAAAGUGAACUACCAAUUAAGUUAAGUUAGUGAACACUGAAUCUAUAAUUAAGUUUUAACUGCAAAAUAAAAAUAUUUUUCAAACUUUACAGAAUGCCUAGAAAACGUCAAAGAACUGAUACUAAGGAUGAAAGAGAUGAUUCUCCUGGACCAUCUCAGGUCAGAAGGAAAAGGAAAAUUCUUAAUUAUGAUCCAGUAAGUCACAAAAAAUUGGAUGGCAUUAUUUUAAAACCCAGCUAUUUUAAGUUGUGUUCCAUUUAAAACAUCCUGAUUCUAAUGUAGAAAAUAUUCAAAUAUGUUAUGAUACAAAUAUAACAGAAGUCUUUUAGAGAUAAACUUGCUGUCUCACCUUAUUUUUUUAUUGAUUUUUUUUAAAUAGUCCGAACAUCAGCAAGCCCAUCAUAUCAAAGAAUAAUAUUUGAAUAUAUUUGAUGUUGUUGUAUGCUAAUAGUCUGUACAUUUAUUGUCAUACAACCCACCAGAGCAAUAGUUUGGCACUAAUUAUUUUCAUAAGAAUUUUUUUUCUUUAUCUGAAUAUAUAUUUUUAAAUAUGUGAGUUCCAGUUCUUAUUUAUGCACUAUUUUAAAAUUAUUAUAAAUGCUAGUAUUAGAUUUUUAAAGAUCUUCUGACAUAAUAUUCUUUUAUUUUGUCCUAAAAUUAAAAAAAACUCUAGCAUGAAAUCAUCCAUGAGCUAUAUGACAGAAUUCGUAGCCACAAAUCUGAAGAUGGAAGACUUUUGUGUGAAGCUUUUAUAAGGGUGCCCAAGCGAAGAACUGCUGCUGAUUAUUAUGAUGUAGUUAGCACUCCUAUUGACCUUUUGAAAAUUCAGCAAAAAGUGAAGACUGAUAGUUAUGACUAUGUGGACCAACUUACUGCAGAUGUCAUGCUUAUGUUUAAUAAUGCAAAGGCUUAUUAUAAGGUAUAACAAUUUUUUUUUUAAACUAUUUUGAUUAAUAUGCCUAUUGUGAUGUUUAUUCUGCCACAUAUAUUAUACUUUAAUAAAUUUCAAAAAUAAACUUGGCUGUCUUUUGGAUGGAUUUUUAAAAAAAUGAACAUUUUUGGUCUCUCUUUGAUUGGCUAUUAGUCAUUAUGUUACUAUUAAUAAUUUAAUUGUCAGCAGUAGAAUUGAAGCAAUAGGCCUUGCAACAUUGGGAAAUACAGCCAUACUUGAUAUGUUAUUUUGUUGUGCUUUCAAAUUGAGUGUUUUAUAUUUAUUAUAUUAUUUCAUAUAAUUAAUCAUAUUUAUUAAUAUAAGCUAUUGUUUCUGUAAAGGUGAUUAAAUGUCAAUAAUUUAUUAUAAUUUAUUUGGGUGGGGGAGAUAAGAAUCAGGAAGAGUCCCAAUAAUUCCCAGACUCUUGACCCUGGCACAUGAGACAUUAUCAUCUAAUCAUCAUUAUGCAAAAAAACUGACACUUGUAAGUUGUGGAUGUUAAAUUAACAUGAGAUUGAGCCAGACAUGAGCAAUUAAUGAAUGUAUUGCAAAUAUCAAAGGCUAAGGACACUUCAUAAAAACAAACAUUAAGAUUAAGUAAUUAUUAAGAUUUUGAAUUUUCCUCAGUACAGUAACUUAUGAUGUUUAUGCAAUGAUGAAAUUGUAUAAACACUGAUGUCAUCAUAGGAAAAAAUAACAAGAGAUCAAAGUCCACAAAAUUACACAUAUCUGUGGUGGUACAAAUUUUUGUAAAAAUCCUAUUAAAAACAUCCAAGAUUAUAUUUAAAUGUUCUAGAUGUACUGAACAGGUAACAAUCUGAGUAGCAUUUUCUGAUAUCCAUAAGCCAAUUAAUGGGUGUAACCCUAGUUAGGUUAAUUUUUAAAGAUUUGUACAUCUGUAUAUCCUUAUAAAGAAAACAUCUCAAGAAUAUAAAGAUGCUUGUGAUUUGCUGGAGCUAUAUGAAGAGACUAGAGCAGAUUUAGUUGAAGCUGUAUUUGGUGUAGGUGACAAGAGUGAGAAGCUUGCGCGAAAAGUAUCUGUCGCUAAGGAUGUACCUGAAAUUUGUCCUGAAGAAAGCAAUGAGGUUUGUUUUACAAUAGUUAGUUUUGGUUAACCUUGUCACCCAAAUAAUGAUUUUGAGCUUAGUCGUUUGAAAAAAAUGCCAUUUUAAUCAUAAUUUUUGUUUAAAUUACAACAUAAUAAAUAAGAAGGCCAAACUUCAGUGAUAUAAAUUUAGCAGUUUAUUAGCUCAUUAAUAUGUUACUGUUAAAAAAAUUGUUUGGCAUAAUAUUAAAACCAACAAUUAUUUUAUCAUUAUUUAUUUCACAGUAUAUACUAAUAGAUAAGUCUUGUUUUGUUGUCUCCUUUAUAGAGUGAUAAUGAUGAAGAUGAUGACGAUGAGGAAGAUGAAGAAGAAGAUGCCAGAAAUAACGCCAACACCAGUAAAUCUAGAGAAAGGUCCCUAAGUAUGUCCGAAGAGUUAGCUGAUGACCUUGAACAAUUGUUUGCUGCUAUUGUCACAACUAAAGAUGGUGAUAGAGAUAUUAGCCAGGCUUUUCAACUUUUACCUCAGAGAUCAGUGAGUUGUAUAUUUUACUUCAUCUAUUGGAAAUGAACAAAUAAUUAGUUCAUUUAGAUUCAGGGUUAAAACUGCUUUAGUUUUGAACACUCACUUUUGAUAAAUUCACAGAGAUGCCAUUCAGAUGAUUUAGUCCUUGAUAAGACCAUGCUUGACGACAAAACUCUUGGAAACAGUGUAUUUCUUUAUUAAAACAAAUAUGUGUCACAAACCUGUCAUAUGCUCUGGCAUCUUUACUCUGGUUUUGGUAACACAAUUUAUACUUAUUCUGUUUAGUGUCAGGUUGUAGUGCAUGAUGUGAAAAGGUCAGGCUUUACAGCAACUGGAACAUCAAUGCAGACCUGCCAACCCUUCCGAUUUUGUCGGAAUUAUACAGAUUUUUUACCCCUCAUUCCGACCUUCCAACAAAUCCCUUAAAAUUCAGAUUUUUCGAACUUUAUCAUUUUUCACCCGUCAUAAAAAUCCGUAAGCGACAAAAAAAAAAAAAAAAAAAAUCUGGUACGACAGGAAGUGUUUCAUUUAUCUUUACGAAGUGUCUCCAUGUCCAGCGACUGGACGAAUAAGUGAAUAAGUUCUCGAGAUAUUCGUCUGGCUAGUGUUUAUUCGACCAAGUCACAUGACCACCGAAACAGAAUUGCGCGAGAUAUUUGUCCGUCAGCCUUGUCAUGUGACCGCUAAUUGUCGAUUAGAGUUUACGAUACUUCAUUUCAAUAAAUUCAAGAUAAUCUGGGCAUUUACCCGAAAAAGAAAUAUGUUCAAUUAUAAAAAAAGAAAUAUUAGAACCAUUGCUGGUAUAAAUAAUGAACAAUUGGUUAAAAAGUGACAAUGUUUUUUAUUAAGCAUGGCAUGCCCGCCGGAUGAAUAUCUCCCGCACUGUUUGUCCGGUCGCCUGAUGUGUAGAUACUGAUUUGUUUUUAUCGAAGCGAACCGCGAUCUCCAAAUCAUUCUUCAAUCAUCAAUUGAUCCGCGAUUCAUCCUUUUUACAAGGCUAAAAAAUAAUUACGACUUUUUUUUUUUGUUUACCAAUAUUUCUCUAGCCCUAGCCAACUCCGAUGGGUUUAAUUAAUGCCAGAGUCAAAGAAAUGUUUCGAGAAUCACAGUACAGAAUGCUAGAAGAUUGUAAAGAAAAAUUACAAUGAAACAAGGGCAAGCAUUAAAAUUUAUACUUUUUCUAACUUGCUUGUAACAAAAAUCAACUGCAAUGCUAACCGUCAGUUGUCCAAAGAGCUGUUGGACAAGUGGAAAAAGGCCACUAGGGCUAGGGAUAUGCUGGAAUACUUAACUCUUACUAAGAAUAAGAGUCUUAGCAGCCUGUGUGUGUGUACAUAUAUAAAUUAAAUGGAUCUUUUGUUCUGUACUGUAUAUAUCUGUAUAUAAACAUUUCUAGUAAUGUUUAACUCAUGUUCUGUGGUGUUCUAUGGACCCUUCAAAGACAAUGGAGGUAACUUUAUAUUUCUUUACUUACCAUACUAAAAAAGAUGUGUGCAUUAGUAUAUAGAUUUUAAACCAACCCCCCCCCCCGGGCGCCUCCCCUGGGGGGCAGCGGCCCCACUUCCCCCCCUGCGUGCAACCCCUCUACAGAUUUUUUUCUUGGCAGGUUGGCAGGUCUGUCAAUGAUGUUCUGUGUUCCCUAACCGUUCAUCAGUUGAUCAAUGCUGAUAUAGUCUUUUGCAUUGAAAUACAUAUGGUGUCCCAAAUGCACACUGCUUGUCUCCUUUAUUUUCAGUACCAGUAUCUGAAGCUUUCAGGAAACUCAAUAUGGCCUUGAAUCUGUCUUUGGUCAUAAAGGCCUUGCUUAUAGUACAUUAUAUAAGGAUUUCCUGGACCACAGUAUGAAACACGAGCAGCUUGAAUAAGUCCUACAUUCAUUAGAAGACCACUUAGAAGAUAAAACUCAUCUUUAGAGAUGUUAUAUUUUUUAAAGUAUCUUCUGCCCAUUGUCCUGAGAAUAUUUGCUUAAAAAUAAAUAUUUGCAACCAAACCUGUAAUAAAAUAAGGCUUGAAAAAGUCUAUUGGGUUUAAACAUCCCCUUUUGUAUCCUCUUUUGUUUUAACAUCAGGAAGCUGUAUGCUUUGGUACACUCCUGUUUAAAUUGCAUAUAUCCACUUGAAACCCCCCGCCCCCCCCCCCCCCCCCCCCCCCCGCCCCCCCCCCCCCCACACCCGUCAUUGUCAUCAUAAUCAUAUGGCCAUCUGCCCAUCAUAGAUUCUUUCAAAAUAUUUUUAAAAAUAUUUAUUAGUUUAGCUCAAAUAAAACAUGUACAAGUUAAUAAAAGGAUAGAAAAAUAGUCUGCCUAAAUUACUUGUAACUUUUCAUUGAUAAACUAAGGAACAACAAAAAUACCAUUUUAUAAGGCAUUGUUAUCUUUGAAAUUGGGCUAACUGAAACACAAUAAUUUAAAAAAUAAAUCUUAUUUUAAAUUAAAGCAAAUAAAUUAUGCAAUCUGGAACUUGAAUAAAACUAAUGAUCAUAAUAGGGCACAGGACUAUUAUGACUAAUGAGAAUGAAAAAUUUAAACAAACCUUACUUGUAGGCCUAUAUGAUGAUAUAAUUUUCAGUAUUCUCUGUAUCAGACUCUUUUAAAGUGCUUUAUUCAUCAGAAAUUUCUGAAGAAGAAUUAUUGUCCAUUUCAAGCUUAAGAUCAUAUCAGAUUCCAUAACAAUGAUUUAGUAUGUAGCAAUAGCGAACUAGGCUUGUGUGCAAAAUGUGUAUAAUACAGCAAAAACAAUUUAAUGAAUCGACACUUUGAUAUAUGAUUUCUUUAAGAAUUAAAAUUAUAAAUGAUUUUUAUGUAAAGCCAAAUAGAAAAUUAACAUUUCCAAAGUAGUAAAUCGUUAGUUUCGCAUUUUAAUAUCAAAUUUAUAUAUAUAUAUAAUGUGAGGUUUUUUUCAACGGUCAGAUAUGACAGAUUUUUCAAUCUCUCUUCUUUUGAGAGUUAAACAAUGCUAUUCUAUAUGCGCUUCAUUCUAUAUGAGGGAGGGGAAAAGUACAAUCAAAAUUAAGCAGAAUAGUGGGAUUGAUGGUUGCAUGCUCUCCAAGGUUCAUAUAAAUUAUGCAGCUUUUAAACAUGUUAUUGUGCAUUUUUUUGUCUAGAAAUAUCCUCAGUAUUAUGAAGUGAUUAAGCAGCCUAUUGACCUGAAGAAGAUUGCUACAAAGAUUCAGGAACUAAAAUAUACAAGUCUGGAUGCCCUGGAGAAAGAUCUCCUGCUCAUGGUCAAAAACGCUAAAACUUUCAAUGAGCCCAAGUCUCUUAUAUACAGGGUAAUUGUAAUAUUACUUAAAAUGAAACUAAUUUGACAUAAAUUAUAACAUAUAAAGGAAAAUUUUAUUUAAUCAUAAUGUCUGAUUCAUUCUCUUGAUAGGACGUUUGAACUAAAUAAUAAAUGUUUUAAAAUUAUUAAUAGUUGCUUUGAUUGUUGCAACUACAACAUUUUUUAGGAUGCUGUGACACUGAAGAGAGUUAUUACUGAGCGAAAGCGAGAACUUGAGUAUAAAAAAUCUGGACAGGUCAAGAUUAGUGAAAGACUGAGGUAAAUAGCUUAAUAUGUUCUAUCUCACUAGUGUCAUAAUAACAGAUUGUUUAAUUCAUUUCUGUUAGUCUGUUGUUACUAUUUAUUUUUUUAUCAUCAUCAUCAUCAUUCAGAUCCAGUGGCCAUUUGGUCAUGUGCCCUUCAUCUUGUAGCCAUGGUGAAGAAUUUAUCCACUUUCUGCAGCUGUUCUUUGUUUGUAUUGUACUUUGGGUGUUGAUGUAGUCUGGUGCUUUUGGUAGAUAGUUUAGGCAUAAGUCCUGAAGUGCUGGGCCUUGGAAGAGGUGAUGUGUUACUGUCAAAUUUGGAGGUCUGCAGAGGGGGCACAUCAUCUGUUUUAUGUGGUUAAGGUGGGAAUAAAGUUUGUGUCCUGUGCUCAUGUAAAAGAUUACAUCACCUGUUGUCUUUGGAGGAAAUUUAUUGGAUUUUUAGGGUCAAGACCGGGCAUUUGUGCAAAAACACAUCUUCCUGAUGAGCCAGUAGACCAUCCAUUUAGCCACUCUGAUAAUCUGCUUUUGAGUGUUGAGUGAUGUAGGUAUGUUUGGCUGUUCAUUGGAUUUUCCCUGUUCUGCCAGUUGUUCUGCUUUUUCAUUUCCUGGUAUAUUGUGGUGUUCUAGUAUCCAUUGUAAGGUUAGCCUAUUUGCAUAAGUUACGACUGAGGUGUUUAUUUUCAGAAGUAGUUAUUUUACUGUUGUGAGAUCAUGAUGCUCGGCUGCCUGAAGUAUUGUUUUGCAGUUGCAGAAGUUAACAACAUUUUUUUGUUUGCUGAAAUAAACUGAAUAUUGCAGAUAGUUGGUGUAACGCUGCUUCAAUAGCAUUUUACUUCUGCUUCAAAAUUACUUCAUAUUGCCCCACAGGGGUUGCAGAUUUCAUCACAUGAUCGGUCUGGGAACUUUAUUUGUACAUCAUAGCCUGAAUGUAGGGCUCUUGUGAAAGCUGAUCCAUCUGUGUACAUUUAGAAUUUAUCCUCUUGAUAGGAUGCAGCAAUCUUGAUUUUGUUAAUCAUUGUAAGAAAUCGGUUGGUAAAUUUCUUUUCUAUUAGGACUGUUUUGAAAUAAUCUUUUUAUAAAUAUUGGUUUGGGGGAUAGGACUUUAGAUAUAAUUAGCAUGUCUUCUCUGGCUAUUUGAAGUUUGUAUUUCUCUUCACUUUCAGUGGUCUAAUGUAGUAUUGAUUUUUGUUUACUUCCUGAAUGUUGCCUUUCUAGCCUUCUAUACCUUUCAACCAUCUUGAUAACCGCUGCCUCUCUCCUAAGGUUUAGUGGCUCAAUAUUAGUGUGUAUUUUGCAUUUUUAAAAUAAAAAUUUUGAAGUUUCUUAACUGAUUAACUACCAGAUUGAAAAAACCUGCUGUGGCCGAAUUAAAUCUAGGUCACAUUUUCUCAUUUUAGGUGUAUGUACAAAUUCAGCUGCAGUUUUCUUAAUUAUAAAGAUAUUCUAAUGAUCAAUAAACCAUUUUGUUGGUAAUUGAAUUGUUUAUAAGAUAAACAUAAAAUAUUUGUAAAGCUAAGUUUUUUUUAGGAAUUUAUUAAUUGUUAAAUUAGUAUUUACAACAGAAAAACAAUAAAAAAAUAUAUAAAUAUGCCAACUUAUGUAUGCUUAUGUAAAUUUUUAAUUUCCAAAUCAUUUAAAACCUUUUAUUUGGUGUUUCCACAUAGUAUAUCCAAAAAUAAAAAAAAUGCACUAAAGAACACAGAAUUGAAUAAUAUUUACACUUCCAAUCACUUAUAUGCCUUUAGUAGCCCUGUCACUUGUUGCCAUGGUAAACAAGUAGCUCAAUUUUGUAACUAGCUUGGAAAUUAAAUCAAAAUUAAUUGACAGCUUGUUUUUUUAGAACAUUCUGCCGAUAGCAUGCGGUUCAAAUAUAAACAUCCUGUCGGUAAAUUAAAAUCUCGAAGCAAAACGGGAACGGAAUAAUAUAAAUAUUUGACUCGAUUUACUACGAUACAAACAUUGGCGCUACCAGCGGCUCUUGGCCAUAACAAAAGAAACGCCGAGCCGCUCCCAGCGGCUCAUGGUAGUUAACCAAUUAAACAAUUAUAAUAGAAUAGGCUCCAUUAUAAACUUUUUUUAUUUUAAAAUAUGCUUACUAUUUUCUAAGUGAUGGGUUAUAUUUUUAAUUUUAUUUUGGGUGCUGGGUGGCUGAGUGGUCUAAACAGAGCAAAUCUCAAGUUGGUGGCCUGGAGUUCAAUUCCAGCCAAAGAACAGCACCCCGGGUGGAUGGGACUCGUUAACCUUGGACGGCAACUCGUCUUAGAGAAGGAAACUCUGAAAUCAAACCCGAAGAUGGAGUCCCGAAAGGCGGAUAACAUUGGUACAAUGAAACAUUCCGACAACUCCUGCGACGCCACUGGUGCCGAGCUGUAUCAUCCAAAUGAUGUUCCCUUGGGUUAUCCAGCGGCGUGGAGAGAGGCAAUUUGCUGUUGGGAAUCAGCUUAUAAUCUUUGAAGAAUAAUCCCAGACCUUGUGGAUUUUGUCCUCCGAAGCCCACACCAUCGUCACAUUGUGACAGACGGAUACCAGCAAAAAAUAAAAAAAAAUAAAAAUACUUUAUACAAACUGCAGUUAUUAAAUAACUGAAUUUUAUAGUGGGGGUUUUUUUUUUGGUUCUAAUUCCCUGCUUGUCUCAUUUUUUUUCUGCUAGCAGGACUAAAGACAGAUGCAUUAUCCAAAAGAUGUCUGCCGUUUGUGCUGCCCUGAAGUAUCCAUCUGAGGAAGAGGAUGAGACAGCCUCAUCUAGCCAGUUUGAGAUGGAUUCAGAGGCUGAGGCAGCAGGAAAUGAUUUAGUUGAAGAUGACCCACAAUGGAUUCUCUACAAUCAUGUGAAAAAUCUUACUGGUGCAAAUGGAGAUACUUUGUCUGACCCAUUCAUUAAACUUCCUAGUAAAAAGUUAGUGAACUCUUUGUUCUGGAACUUAUAAAAAGUCUGCUUUAUUCAAUAAUUAUACAGAUUUAUUCCAUUUUUAAGACAACCUGCUAUUUUAACCAAUGAUUCGCAGAAAAAAUGGAUAUCCCUAUAUACUAUAUAUUUAUUCUUCCAUUUACAAGAGAGUUCUUACAAAUGCUGGGUUUUAAGUAUUCCACACUUCAUGUGUGCUGUAAAAAACAUAUUUCUGUAAAAAUGUUACAAAAUACGAAGACAUUUGAAAAAUAGGGAUUGCAUUUUCUGUUUUGUUAUUUCAAUUGUUAUAUUUUCAGAUUCUAUCCAGAUUACUAUAAAGAAAUUAAAAGACCAAUGUCACUUCAAAAGAUACGCUAUAAAAUUGAGGUACUUAAAGUUUGGGCAACAUUGAAUUUGCUGUAUAUUUUUCUAUCCUGUACUUUUGACAAUUAGUCUCCUAAGCCACAAAAUUAACAUUUGAACAAGUCAGAAGUAAAUUUGCUGUAUAAAAAAAAAUUUAAAAUAAAAAUGCACCAAACCAUGUCACUUUAUUUGUAUGUUUUGCUUUCCAGAUGAACAUGUAUGAUACUCUGGUUGACUUGGCCCAUGAUUUUAAUUUAAUGUUUGAGAAUGCAAAGAAAUACAACCAAGACGAAUCACAGAUUCAUAAGGUUUGAUCUUUUCCUUUAAGGCUUAUUGUUUUAGGCAUUUAAAUAUUACAGUUAAACAGUUUGCAGCAUUAUCACUAAAUGGUGCAGAAAGCUUUAAUUUUUUGUAUACUGUUAAAAUACAUGACUGUUGGUAAAUAUUUUUUUCUAGUUGAUGCUCAAAAAAGAAAUCCACAGCAAUUUAGUACCUUAUAUUAUUAGAUAUCAUUGUUAUAUACUUAUUUUUUUCAUUUGUUACAGUAUGCGGUUGAACUAAAAAAAGUGAUGCUCGAGAAGUGCCGUGAGUUGGAACCAGAACUUACGGUAAAUUUAAUGAAAAAUAAUGAGAGGAUGUUAUCCUUACUUGUUUUGUGCACGUUAUUCAAAAGAUUAAAUUUGAAAUUUUGUUGGCAUCACUUCAAAAAAUAUAUUUACUCAUUUUUAGUCUGUUUGAUGGUGUAAACAUAAGGAGAUAAGAAGUUCAUUUUUAAGAAAGGAAACAACUAUAAAUAAUGUACAAUUCCUCAGUUGUCAUAAAGAAGUUCUAUUCCCUUGCCAAAUGUCAUAUCAAAUAACAUCCAUUACAUUUUCUCUUUAAUAAUGGUUAGCUUUUCAUAUUUAAGGUUUGAAUUCUUAAAACAUAGAAAACAUUUCACUUUCUUUGAAAUAAGAUAAAAAUUUUCCACACUGUGACUUAUUUAUUUAAUUUUAGUUUGUUUUAUUUGCAAAUUUCAUUUAUUUGUACAAUUAUUAAGACCUGACAAGUAUCAGUGAAAUGGUUCUUCUUCUCAUAAAAGUGCUUCAAAAUAAUUUGAAAUGCUAUCAAGAUAUUCUAUAUUAGUGAAGCACAGAGUUCUUUAACCAUUUCAAUAUUACUCUAGUGCUGCAAGUAGAUCUUCUCUUUGCUCAUUACCUUGCAUAUUAUCUCCCUUGGUUAUUCUUUGUCUCUUGUAUUAUCUAAGGUGGUUGGUUUUUUUAUAACAUAUAUGCUUAUUUGCCUGCAGUGGUUUUCAUCAUUGUGAUUAUUAGCCCAAUAUUUUCUAAUUUCAACUUUAAUAGUAUUUAACAGCAAUGGCAAGCCAAUUUUGCAAAUAAAUACAUACUUUUUCGGAGUUAAUAUCCUUCCUCUUUAAAUUGAAGAACUCUAAAGUUGUACAGCCUUCCAUGGCUUUAAGCAGUAAAAAUGAUUUUGAAAGUACAUAUAGUUGGAAAGCUUUGUUUAUGUUGUAAGUUUGAUCCAAGUUGCUGGUUUUGUUUUAUUAAGAAAACUUAAGAAUUUUCAUUCCUUCUAAAUACACACACAUACCUUUCCAUUUUUAAAAAAACAUCAUCUCCCCAAACUAUUAUCAACUAUCAAAAUUUUAUUUUUAUUGUGAUAUGAGGUCAAGAAAGUAAAUCUGCAGCUAACAAAAAAUACAGUAACAUCAAGAUAGGAUGUUUUUAUUGGAACAUUUCCUUCCAAGCAUUGUGUUCACAUAAAGAGUUUAAAUACUGUAAAGACAAACAAUCAUUGACUUUUCGUAUAUAUUCCUUUUCUGAAUUUGCAGUUAUAUAGUAUUUUUGAAACUUUUUGAGACAUCAUCUCAGCUGCUUACUGGGAGCUAAAUAACCAUGUGCCACAAAGGGCAUUUAAUAUAGUAUCCCAAUUAAUUUUUUUUUCUUCAUUGAAUUGAUCAACUUUUGUUCAAUGUGCCUCUUUGAAUGCUAAGUAGGGAAACUUUAUCGCAUUGCUUGCUCUUCGUGUUUAGUUUCAAAUGAGAUUUGUGCAGUUCAGUUUGCAUAACACAUUGAUCUGCUACUUUUAUUUGGUACAUUUUAGUGUGAUAUCUGUGAAUAGAUACUUUUCUGAUCAAGGAACAAUUAGUUACUACAAUUAGUUUUGGCAUUAAAUACAAUAAGGGACACUGUGAUACAAUGAUGCAUGCAAAUUUUGUAAUUCGCACUGAUCAAACUUUUAGAUUCUACAAGAUAAGACUCAAUUUAUCUUGAAGUUAUUCUUUAAAUCAGCAUCAGUGUAAAUUAAAAUAUUUUUUUUAAAAUGUAUAUUAAUGUUGUAUAAAAUAUACCCUUAUACCAUGCACUCACAGCACUCUAAUUAAAUCUUCAUAUCAAUUUGAAUGAUUGUUCUUGCUUGUAAAUUGAUUAGUAGAAAUAGUGCAGUGUGAAAUGCUGACCAAAUGUGUUCAAAUUGUUAAAAAGUCUAAAUUAAAUCUCACACCUAUGUUAAAUGGAGUGUGUCUGUCUUCUUGGUAUCCCAGGAAGAAUUAAUUGAAGAGUUGGAGAAUGUGGGUAAUGAUGAAGAUGAUGACCAUGAAGCUGAGGAGAGUAUGGCAGGGGUGAGUUACCUUCCCCUUAUUAUUUUUCCCAUUUUUCUACAUUACUCUGUGCAAUAGAUGGAUGCUUAUUUUGUUGGUUGCUUCAUUGUACUGCAAGCAUGUCUUUACUAGACAUCACUGACACCAUCAAAAUGAAUACUUGACACAAACUUUGGUCAUUGAUUUGAACAACAAUCCAGCUGUUUGGGGAUUUUUAAAUUUUUUUAAAAAUUUAAUGUGUGCACUUUUAAAGUUAGAACUCAAACUACCAUAAAUUUUAUUCUUUUUGAUCUAAAAGAGCACUGGGAAAGGGGGACACAAGCAAAUUUUUUUUCCUUUGCUUCUGCAAACUAUGAAAAUUCCACAUUGCUUUUGCUUUGUUUUUAAAAUAAAAAAGAAAAUUUAAAUGUAUCUCCUACUUGGAAGUAAUCCUAGAUGUGUGUCUGUGUGUGUUUUAAGCCUUGUCUCAAAUUCCUUCCAAUAACUGGAUAUGAUCAAGUCAAACAACCUACAUAAUUGAUAUCUCCCGUCUUAUGUACAUUAGUGGAUAAUUUAAGAAAUUGUGAAGAUGGAAAUGUAUCAGUGCCAAAGAAUUGUGACUAUAAGUUUUGUUAAAACAAAACAAAAACAAUAUUACCUUCAGUGAAAUGUAUAAGAUAUUGAUCAACUAAAGUUCAAAGUUCAGUUAAAGUUAAUGACAUUCACAUACAAUAUGUGUACAGUAGUUACCUAUUGUGUUAGCUUUCUUGCAAAGAAAUGUUUUAGUUAGCAGUCUUUGAAAUAUGAUUUUCGGAACAAUUGUUUAAAUUGAUGUAUCUCUGUUCGAAAAGAAAUAGUUAUUACAUUUACAGUAACCUCAUGGCCUUUUAAAAUCAAAUCUUGUCUUUUGUAACUGUUGGUUGUAUUUCCUACUAAAAAUGACCUAACCAUUUAUGCAAGGAUGCUAUUUCAGGUAUCUAUCCUAAACUUUCUAUAUAUUUCCAAUAUUUAAAAAAAAAUUUUUUUUAAUGUAUUUGUGUAUUUAUUUGUAUUUGAUCUGUAACAUUUUGAACUAAAAUUACCUUUUUACUUACUCUUGUGAAAAUAAAGGAACACUCCUUCUCUAAUGUUAUGAGAGUGAAGUUGAUACUUUAUAAGUGUUUAAUGCUGAAAUAACAACAACAAAAAAGCCUGAAAUAAACACUCUCAAACUCAGCUUUCUGUCUUCUGCACCAUAUAAAUGUAAAUGGAUACUAAUGCAUUUCAUUAUAACUAUUCGGUUAAUCAAAACCAUAAGCUUUGACCAACUCAAUUUUGUCUCCUGAUUUGCCGAUCAGUUUUAUUUAGGUUACUAUAAAACCACGAUUUUAUUCUUCCCUUUGUGCAAAAAGUUAAGCAACCAAAAAGAGGAUGGUAUUUGAAAGUCUCACAUGUUUGAACGUUGUUUUUUAAGCCAGAUAUCUGCUAGAAUUACUUACAUUCAUUAGUUGUUUGGAUUGGGUUGGAUUUAGUUCUAACAUUUUUAACAAUGCAUUUAUUUUCAUUGUGAAUUUAGUUAUUGUGGCUUACCAUGGUAACCUACUUUUAAAAUGACAGUGACUUUGAUCAUUGUAUCUCUAACACCCCUAUUCUAAAAGACUUUAUGAAAAUAGCUUUAUAUUUUAAUUGAUAAUUGAUUUGCUUUGAAAAAAAGAAGCAUAAAAAAGACAAAGAUCUUCAUGUUGGGGUUAAAUUUUACCUAUGAAGUCUUACUCUAACUUUAAGACUUAACAGAUAUAAUUCUUCAUAUUAUAGAUUUUUUUUUUAAUUUGCAAAUAUUGUGAAAAGUAUAUUGAGCAAAUUUCAUUUAUAAAAAAAUUAAAUAAUUGCUAUGAGGUAACCUCUAACUGCACUUUGGUGCAUUUAACUCGCCUCCUCACUGUGUAGUUAAUCUAAAAAUGAUGAAAGCUUUUUUUUUUUAAAAUUACUAUCUAAAAAUGUUUCUUUAUGUAAGAGAUUUGCCUAAUCAAAAUUUAAAUGAACCAUUUUAACUGUUUUGAUAAUAUGAAAUUAGUUAAAUUGAAUCAAUUAAAAAAUCAAAUAUAUAUUAUUUUAAGUCUUUUUAUCAUCCAAAUCGAACUGGUAUUUUUACUAACCUAUUAAUAUGGUAUAAUUUCAAUGUCCAAUCAUUCCAGUUCUAACUGUGUUACCUUUAUGGAGGAAGCAUGUCAGAAUAGAAUUGUAAAACGUGUACAUUUGUUUUUGAUUGGUGCUAUACUGUAAUAAAUUACAACAGUUUUAUACUUUGUAAUCCUUUAUUUUCUAGUGUUGCCAGGGGUUGUUUCAUUGUAUUCUUUUUCUUUUUUUUUAUGUUUUAAAGAAAGAUGAUGAUGAUCUGGUGUUAGAAGAAGCAACUACUCCAGCUAGUCGUGGGAGAGGUCGAAAGUCCAGUUUAGCUUUAGCUAAUACACCAGAAAGUGACAAGAAGAAAUCGGCAAAAAGGGGAGGUGGUAUUGGCGGUGACGAAAGUAUUAAAAAGAGGUUGAAGAUGCUCUUUUCCACUGUGUAUGAUUACAAUGUAAGAACUUUUGGUCGUUUUUUUAUGCAGUUUAAAGUUUGAGUUAUGGUCUAGUUUAUUGUCAAGAUUAUUGUCUGGUUGUCUUCCAUUGAUAACUUAUUCUGUUUUAAUCAAUUGCAGGAUGUAAAUGGUCGUCUUUUGCGACCAAUUUUCAUGGUUCUUCCAUCUCGCAAAGACUAUCCUGACUAUUAUCAAGUUAUUAUGGAGCCUAUUGACAUGACAAUGAUUGAAGCUAAGCUCAAAACAGAAAAGGUGAAUGUGUUCUAUCAUAAGGAUUUGUAAUAAAUAAAAUUUAAUUCAUUAUUCUCUGAUCAUGAAGAGUUAUCAUACAUAUUGUGUUAAAUGGAGUGUAGUUUGUCAAGAAUUAUGUGUAAAUCAGGGGUCUCAAACUCACAUCCCGCAAAGCGCUUUUUUCCCCCCUGCUACAUGACAACAAAGUUUUGUGUUAAUGGGGCCCACACGUUUUCCCCAUUCUCAUAUCUAUAAUGUGACCCUCCGCGAAGGUUUCUGUCGAAUUUCACCGACUAGUCUAAUUCUGAUUUUCAUUAUGUUUGUAUCGAUUUGUAUGUUGAUUAUAAUGGUAAGAACCGCUUAAAGUCGGUCUAAAAGCUUGUAUUUUAUAGCAUUUUAUGAGACAAACAUGACCUUAGCGCGGUUUUGAGAAAAGUUUAAAAAGUCAGUUAGUGGGUAAUGCACAACCAUAAUUGGGUAAAUCGUAUCAAUCGAACAGAAUAUUAAAGAAUCCCUAUUUAAAUUGCAGCUAGUGUUUACGAGUGAGGGAAACUCAGAGCCUGUCAGCGUAGUUACUUUAAAAGUAGGGUUAGUUUUCUACGAUAAAAAAAAAUCAUAAUUCAUUCUUCUUACAAUAGCUUCUUCCUUUGUAUCAAUAAUUCAUAAAUAUGGCCUGUGCCUGCCUACUGUUUGAGCACAUUUUAACAUUUAAAGCCUUCAUGGAGAAACAUGGGGUGGUUGUUCCUUUACUAAUUGAUCUCAAAUGGCUCAUGGACUUGGCUUUUCUUGUUGGCAUUACAUAGGAGUUGAAAGUACUCAACAAGAAGUUACAAGAUCAGGGGUAGCUUGUCAGUGUUACAUAUGACAAUGUCCGGGCAUUCUGCCCAAAACUUGUGUUAUGGUUCUUAGAGAAACCUCUGCCAUUUCCCACCUGGCAAAGUACUCAUGGACUCGGGCGCACCAUUCAGUAGUAACUUAGUAGUAAGUAUUUAGGAGGCUUCAAGCUAAAACCAAGUCAAACAUAACACCAUCAACGAGCUUCUGUUUGCGGACGAUUGUGCCCUCAACUCUGCCUCAGAAGCCGUCAUGCAACACAGCGUUGAUAUAUUCUCUGAGGCCUUCAAUAAAUUUGGCCUCACAAUAAACACAAAGAAAGCUGAGGGGAUGUAUCAGCCAGCUCCCAGUAAGCCCUACAUUGAACCCAACAUCAUCAUCAGUGGACAGCGGGGUGGAUAAAUUUACUUACUUGUACAGCACCCUCUCCAGACCUAUCGUCACGGAUGAUGAAAUAUAUUCCAGACUCGCAAAAGCUAGUACCAUGUGUGGCAGGCUACCCAGCACUGUUUGGGACAGGAGAGGAGAAACAAAGAUCAAGGUCUAUUAUGCAGCAGGCCUCUCGACAUUGCUCUAUGGAUGUGAAUUGUGGACAGUCUACCAGCGUCAUGCCAAGAAACUAAACCAUUUUCACACAACCUGCCUCAGGAAACCCCUCAGCAUCAAGUGGCAAGACAAAUUUCCUGACACAGAGGUCCUCGCUUGAGCGAGCCUACCUAAUAUCUUCACCACCCUGAUGCAGUCUGAGCUCCGUUGGAUAGGACACGUAGCCGGUAUGGAAGACCACUGGCUCCCAAAACAGAUAUUCUUCGGAGAACUCACGAUAGGCAAGCGCUCUCAAUGAGGUCCAAAAAAGCGUUUCACUGAAAGCGGCACUAAAGGCCUUCAGAAUCAACCCUACUCAAUGGGUGCAGACAGCCCAGGACAGAGCCGGGUGGAAAGCAGCUGUCAAGAAGGGGGCUAAAUCUCAUGAAGCCAGUAGGAUAACUGAGCUGAGACACGCAAGCUGAAAGAGCAACGUUACAUCACUGACUGCAGCAACUAUCCCCUGCCCGCGGUUCCAGAGAUUAUUCCGAGCACGGAACGGUCUAGCAAGCAACCUACGAGCUCAUUGUAACCCACCCUCCCCCCAACCAGAUGACUCAAUGGUCCUAGUUGAUUUUGACGGACGAACAAGUAGUAAGUAUACAGAUGCCAUUGCAAAGUUACAGGACAGUUUUUUUGUUGACCCUUUCUCCUUUAAUGUGGAAGAUGCCCCACCCCCUCUCGAUUUUUGCACUUCAAUGGAGCUGAUUAAUCUUCAGUGCAAUUCUAAGUUCAGGGAGGUGAAUGUAAAAACAAACAAGCAUGGACAGUUUAUGAGAGCAUUGGCCUCCCUACUUCACUGAGAUUUCCAAGUUGUUCAAGCGGAUCAUGUGACUUUUUGGGAGUCUGUGUGAAGAGCUCUUUUUCACUAUGAACUUUAAUAAGUCAAUAUUCAGGUCUAAGCUUACUGAUGAGCAUCUUCAAGCUAUACUGAGGGUCUCAGUUGCUUCCUCACUCAAGCCAAAUUUGCUCAGCUUUGUAAGAAGAUGCGCUGCCAGGUCUCUGGCAACAAUGAGGAGGAGGAAGAAAGUGAAGCCUAGUUCUUGAGAACUCUUAAUGUUUUUAUUUGUUAUUAAUAAAAGUUGAGCAUAUUGUAACAGUUGUACUUUAUUGAAUUUGUAAUCAUUUUUUUUUUUGUGUGGAAUACUUAAUGCGGCCCAAUCUCAAUCAGACUCUACCUCCUGCGGCCCCCUGAUGAUUUGAGUUUGAGACCCCUGGUGUAAAUGUAUGGAAUGGAAAUUGCUUAUCAUUCACAUCAAAGCCAUUAACUAGACCAAAAUUAUAACGUAAUCUAGGAAGAAAAAUAGUACUGAGUGCUUGCAUCUCAACCAUGUUAUGCAUAAAUGUAAGUGGUUAUAAGAUAGGAACUUAUGUAUUGAGAAUUCACUUGUGUUGAGCAACUGUUUAUCUCUUACACCUGUAUUUUAAAUAAAAUAUUUUCACUUUUCCAGUAUCCUAAUGAACAAGCUUUGCUGUCAGACUUUGAGCUUAUGUUCAACAAUGCUAGACACUACAAUGAAGAGGGCUCACAGGUAUAUCAAGAUGCCAACACUUUGGACAGAGCUCUUAGAGCAAAAUGGAAGAUUAUGUCUGCGAAAACUGGUAGUGGUCGAAGGUAAGAAAGAAACCAUUUUAAAUUAGUUAACUGUACAGGUGAUGCUCUGUUGUGACUGCAUCAAUUCUGGAAGAAACAGGUUAAAGAAACAAAGGCAAAUAACUGAACGGAGUAAGCUGGUCCGCACAGCAAAUCACCUGGAGGAUUCUGAAAUCUUUAAGUAAAGAAGACAAUGGCUGACUUGGACUGUGAUAAAAAUAGCGUUGUACUCUAUUAAUGAAAAUAAUGUAACCAAAAAAAAACUUCUAGAUCAAAUAACAUUUCUGAAUACAGCUAUUGAAUCUCUUUCAUUUGAGCUGAACACCAGCAAGAUGUCAUCAUAACACUUCAGGUUUUAGGUUUAAUUUGAAAAUAUUUUUAAAGAAAUUCAAUUUUUGUUAUAAAUUGGAAAUUUUGCAGGCAGUUUUCAGAAUUUUUCUGAAAGGUACGUCCAACUUACAGGUGUUGUUAAGCUCCAGAAAACUAAUACCCAGGAAGCUUAAUAUUUAUAUUUAUUAAUUUUUGCAUCUAUAUUGUGUUUUUAAAUUACAGUUCUUAACUGUCUUACUUCUUUUCAUCUCAGGUCGAAACUUUCAGAAUGUAAUCCUUUGUCUGAGAAACUUCAAGAGUUAUAUGAGAGUGUCAGAGACUACCAAGACAGAUCUGGACGAGCAUUGUCAUCUCCCUUUAUCAAACUGCCAAAUAAAAAUGUAAGAUUUAAGUAUUUUGAAGAAUCUGGUUCUGAUCAAAUUUUAUUUUGGAAAAUUUAUUUAUUAUGAUAAUAAACAGCAAUUUUUUUAAAGAUUAAUUAUCAAUUAGAGGCUUAGCCUGCUUAUCUGCACAACUUAAAAUUUAAGGCGGGCCGUAAUACUUUACAUGAAAAACUUGUGCGGGCCAAGAGAAAAUAGGACAAGGGGGAAAGCUAUUAAAAAAAUGAUAACAAUAAAGAAUAUUUCAUUACUACGUGGGCCACAAAGUGGAUGCUGGUGGGCCGCAACCCGCCCCCAGGCCGUAUGUUGUGCAGGCCUUAUCUAGGCUAUAUUAUCAUUCCCUCUUUCUUCCCAUUUUCAUCAUUUCCUUCAUUAUUGUGUUAGGAUUACCCUGAUUACUAUGAGGUCAUCAAGCGUCCUAUUGACAUGUUGAGAAUACAGCAGAAAAUGAUGGCCUCCCAGUAUGAAUCUGUAGAAGAUAUGGUGGCAGAUUUUGUGCAAAUGUUUGACAAUGCCUGCAAGUACAAUGAGCCAGAUUCUAUUAUUUAUAAGGCAAGCAAGUUUUCUUUGAAUUCUUUUCUUUCUCUGUAUGUGUGACUGUCCUUAUAUAGUUCAAUUUUAGUCUGAGAAUCAUCUGGAGUUUUAUUUCUUAAUCGUUUUCAACUCACUAAUCAGUUGUUUUUUUUAAAAGCUAAAUUUUUUUCCCCAUCAGCCUGUAUCACUGGCAAAUUUUUUAUUUUUUUUAAGUAAUUAAAUGAAAAAUUAAUUUGUUCACAAAUUCUUUUUUGUACAAUACAAUAUUUAGGUGUUUUUUUUAAAAUUGUGUUUUCCUGUGUUUAAUUAGUUUAUUUUAUAAUAUAAUUGUGUCUUCCCAUUUUGGUUUUGUUGUCAAGUUCAAUUCAUUUCCUGCCUCAUAAUAUGUAGAAUCUAAUAGAAAAAAAAAUGUUCUUUACCAGAUGAUUUAAAAAGAAAUAAAACAAUAGUUUUGAUUACUUAUUUUUACAAAUAACCGAGUGGAUGUUUUUCUAUAUGCUGACAUCACCUGAUUUUACAUUGGUCUCAUUUUGUCUUUUAUGGCAAGCUUAAAAAGUUUAAGGUUUUCCUAAACUUAUAUAAAAAAGCAUUUAAAAUGUUGAUCUUAGGAUGCUCUUGCACUGCAGCGUGUUUGCUUCCAGAAAAAGCUGGAGCUUAUGUCAGACUGUAUGAACAACGUACCAGAUGUGAAGGCCCUCACUCAAGAGUUGAUGAAGAAUCUUUUCAUUUCCACAGUCAGCCAUGAGGUUAGUUGUUUGACAAUUAUUUUUAUGUUUUAUUUUAAUUGUUUAUAAAACAUUUUUUUGAACCAAGUAAAUAAUUUUAUAGUGAUAUUUUUCUAGAAUUUAACACAAUGCACGUACUUGCUUUGAAUGAGACUCAAGUAACUUGUGUUUGUCUACACAAAACUAAAUUAUAUCAUGUUUGACUAGGACGAUGAAGGACGUUGUUACACAGAUUCAUUUGCUGAGCUUACUGAAAAAGACAAGGGCUUACAAUUAAAUGGAGAGAUCACUGAGUAAGAAUCUAAAAUAUAUACAUUUUUUUUGCUUUGUUUUAAUGUCAACUAGCAAUAAAAAAAAUAGAAGUACAUUUAGCUUUUUGGUUUAGUCAAACAGCAGUGAUUUGAGACAAAUGUUGUUUUAAUUUUGCAGGCGUCCUAUGACCUUUGAUCAGAUCAAAAGAAACCUUGAUAAGGUAAGUAAGCCUUCAUAAUAGAUUUUUAAGGUAAAUAUUAUUAAUCUUAUAUAUUUUAUGACACUAGGAUAAUUCUAAGAUCUUUCAUAACAACUUAAUUUGUUAUUUCUCAGGGUCGCUACAGGAGAGUUGACAGAUUCCAAGAAGACAUGUUCAAAGUGUUUGAACGGGCAAGGAAAUGUAGCCGCACAGAUUCACAAGUAAAUUUUAACAAUUAUCAUAUUUCAAUUAUCAUCCUAUUAAAACAGUUGUUUCAACAAAUGUGACACUGAACAUUGACAGGUGUGUCCUACUACAGUCGAGGUUAUUUUCAUAUCCAUUAUUACUAUUCAUGACCUUAUAAGAAGAGCAAUGGAUUUGAUGACUCUUAGACAGGUCGACUGAUUCAUUAUAACUUUGAUCCGGGGUGUUGUUAAAGUAACCAACAAUUUUGCACGCAGAUAAUUUAAAGCUAAACAUAUAGUACUCAACCUUCUGUAUUUAUUUAAAUUUAUUGAAUGGACUAGUCUAGAUACACACCCUACAUAUAAAGACAGCCACACUGACCAUGCAAUGUAGACUUCAUUUUCAUAUCCCCAUCAGUGUAUUGUGCUUGCUUUUUCUCUAAGGACAUUCAAAUUUAUAUUCAAUAUACAUUUAAUUAUCUUCAAAAUGAUUUUUUAAACUAAAAUAUAAUUGAAUAACUAAAUUCUAAUAUUAAAUUUUGUUCCAAGCUGUAUGAGGAUGCUGUAGAAAUGCAGACUUUCUUUAUCAAGACCCGUGAUGAGCUUUGUAAGAAUGGGGAAAUGGUGUUGACUCCUGCUCUAAGUUACACUGAACGCCACCUAACACUGGCCUUGGAAAAAGAACAAAAAGAGAAGCAAGAACAAGAGAAACAAGAUCAAGAGAAGCAAGAAGAGGGGGAAAAAAAGAAAAGUUUAGAAGAGAAAAUGGAAGAGGAAAAGGUAGAUAAUAUUUUUUUAUUAAAAAUGUUAAUUUUUAUGAUUCAUAAAAUAUUGGCAUACUGAAUUUUUUUAAACAUUGGACCUGCUUUAUUCUUCUUUUUAAUGAACAUAUUGUGUUUGUAGAAUCUUCAUGUCUUUCAUAAACUUGUACACGAUGUAGACAGUUCUUAAUAAUAAAUUUUAUAAACAUUUAAUGUCUUUUUCUUGAAAUAUUCUCUUCAGAUAUUGGAAUCAGAAAAUGUGAAUACAGAUGAAGAAUAUGAGUAUAAAAACCAACUUUAUUGCAAGGGAGACUUUGUCUACAUAGACUCAAGGUAAAAAAAAAAUGUUCUUGUUGUUAAUAAGCAUCAAAUUAAAGAUUUAAAAUAUGUUUCUUUAACCCACAAACUGUGCCAUGUAUCAUUCUGUGGUGUGGAGCUUUUUAGACCGUUUUGAGUGCCAUUUGAAAUUGCAUUAAAUGACAUAGAAAUAUUGAUUCAAGACCCCUAUAAGUAUAUAUUUUUAGAAAGGUAAAUGGAUGUGGAUAAAGUUGGCCAUAUUGCCCGACCCGUAAAAAAAUUUUGCUCAGUGUCCUUGACCUUGAAGUUCUCAAGAAGAAUAAAAUCGACAAAAUGUCUUGCUUGCAAGUGCUCAUAACAUCAUUAAUUUUUAUAGAUACACUUAAAACACAAAUCUAAAUGUUGUAGCCAAUUUAUCUUGAAGAAAAUGUAUAGUUUGCUGAGGUUUUGAUUGCAUUUAAACCUCUGAAAGCAAAUUUAGUUAUUUUAGAUCAUUUAUAUAAGAAACUGGAACCACUGCUAAAACCAAGUACAAAAUACAAAAUCUCAGGCAAAAUAAUUAUUAUUGAAUAUUAAACAUUUAAUAUUUGGGUUGUUAAACUAUAAAAUUUAUUAGUUCUGAACUAUAAUCUGUAGCUUCUGUGACUAAAAUUCAGUCAGACCUUGCCCAACCUCCGGGCCGGGCUCGAAGUCUAACAGUAGCCUCAGUAGGCCUACUUUAGUAUCACUAAGACGAGUAUAAAAUUCACGAGAAGAAUAAUCUCAACUGAUAUCGUCAUGGGGAAUGUUAAAAUCAUCACCAGUAUCACUUAAAACCUCUCCUAAAAAGCUUUCAAACAUAUUUCUAUUAGUGCUUGCACUGAAGGCCCAGCCAUAGCGUCAACCAUUUUAGCUUUUAAAAAAAACAGCGAUAUAAAACUCCGAUUAAAAAGUAUUUAUUUUCAAGUUAUAUCGAAGCUGCUUGAACCGGAAGAUGAUUUAAUUAUUAAUAAAAGGAAGUGGCUAUAAUUCCGGUUAAAUAUUGGAUUGGAAGUUGCUAUCUGACCGUGUUUUUUUAUCGGCCGAUUUUUUCAGCCGCUUCAGUAGAGAAUGUAAAAGUCGGACGAUUUUUUUGGUUGACCACAGUUCGUAGGUUAAAUAUUUAAAAAAAAACAGAAUUUUUUUUUUUAAUUUAAAAAAAAAAUGUAAUUACUAAAAUAAUUUCUCAAACUUUUCCUUCAUGCAGAGAUACCCCUGAGCCUCAUAUCAUGGUCAUUGAAAGUUUUGGAACUGACAACAAUGGGGUAAAAGUUAUAAAAGGAAAUUGGUUUUAUCGUCCUGAGGAAACAUAUCACUUGGCGACAAGGAAAUUCUUAGAGAAGGUUAGUGCCUUGUUCUAUACAUUGAUUUCAUAUUUUGGUCAUAUCAUUAUUAUUAUUGUUUUUUUUACUUCUCAUUAUACAAAUAAUGUUAAGCACAACACCUUUCCAUGUCUAUUAUAUUUAUUACAUUUCUUAUUUAAUAUAUUAUUACCGUAAGUAUUUCUUUUUAAUAUUUACAUGUUUUUUCAAUAUUUAAGAACAAACUUUUAAAAUACACAAUGCUAAGUUCAAAUUUAAUCCUGUUUAUAAUCUUUUUUUAUAGAUUCUUGAAAUAGCAUGACAACUUGUAAUGGAAUCAGAACUUGUAUUGAAAUUACAUAUUUUCAUUUUUUAUGUAAUGCAUAUUACUGCCCUGUCAAUUAACAGGAAGUAUUCAAAAGUGAUACAAGUCAUGGAACACCACUGUCUGAAAUUGUAGGCCGUUGCUGUGUCAUGUUUGUGAAAGACUAUUUCAAAAGUAGACCUGAGGUAAAUAUUUGUUAUAACAUGAUCUGCACCAAAAGUUUUAUCAAAAAGAAUUUUUUUUUUUUUAAUUGUGAGAUAGAUUUUCUCAAAUAAUGAGUUAAUUUUAUGGUUUUCUUUAGACCAUUCCAGAUAGAGAUGUUUAUGUUUGUGAGUCAAGGUACAGUGUUCGACAUCGGUGCUUCAAAAAAAUAAAGGUAAACUAUUAACUUUUUUGUGUUUUAAUAUGUUAAGGCUGUAUUUUCUGUGGAUUUCAGCAAUUUUUUUAUAUUUUUACUUUCGGUAAUUUAUUAAUAUAUAAAAUAUUUUAUAAAUUUUUCCAAAUGGGUUAUUACAAGGGUAUUAUUUAUUAAUUAUUCAAUUUCUAUUCUUGAUAUUGCUCAGAAUUGGCAGAUUCCUCAAAGCAAGAAUCUACAGUUUGUUGCUCGUGACAUCCCACUGACACCAGUUCGAGUGGCUUCCGUGUUUGCUGAUAAAAUGAAUAAUGAAAGUCCAUUGGAUGAAAGUGACACCACACUGGACAAGAAACGAGAGGUAUUUUAAAUUGAAUUUUUAUAUAAGAACUUCUUCAGAUAGAAAUAUUUCCUAAUAUACAGUAGAUCAUCUAUUUUUCCAAACACCAGUGUUCCAAAAAUUCUGGUUUAAAUAUUUUUUUAAUUAGACCCAUUGCAUGGAGCAUUAGCGUACAAACUCCGGAAAACAAGUCGAAUCCCUCUUGCGCAAUCCUGGUCAAAUCUAGAUAGUUACUGUAUAUACAGUGACUAGACUGGGAUAAUGCGAUCUGCAAACUUAUUAAUUUAUAUAUAUGUAUAUAAGUGCCAUUCAACUAUUUUUGGAAACUACAUCUUUUCAUAGACUCCAACAUUAUAUUGAUAAUUACUUUACAUAAUACACUACAAUAAAGCACCAUAUGUGUAAAUGGUAAGAAAAUGUAUAUUGCGUACUAUGAACUAAAAUCUUAAACACAUCUUUAUGUGGGAGUGUUAGGUUAUCUGAAAAAUAAGUCCCGAAAGGAAACUUGACAUAUUUCAAUUUUGAAACAUCUGUAAAUACAAUUACUAAGAUAUUUUUCGUACAAAAUUUCUUAUCAAUACGAUGGCUUAGUUAAAUAUACUUUUCCUUUAUCAGUUAGUGCCAUCGGAAUGUGAAAAUGAUGACGGCAACAUAUACUACGAUCAGUAUGUUUGUGAUAUGGGAUGCUUUAAGCUAGGUAAGUCAACUAUUUUGAAAGAUUGCAGUGUCUAGGGAUUAUUUCACCCUGAAUAAAGACCUCAACCAUCAAAGUCAGAAGAAAAUUUGACUGUAUGCAAAAUUUGUUGCUGUCUUACCAGUAAAAUUAAAACUACUAAAAUAAAUCUGUGAUAUUAAAUUUAAAAAAUGAUUAUGCCUGCUUUCCAUCAUAUCACUUUGAAUUAUAGAAUGUAAGGGGUUUAAUUAUGUUGCAUUUAACUAUAUAGUGAUAAUAUCAACUGCGUGUAUUCACUUAAAAGAAAUUUUUGAAAAAAGGAAGCUCCUUAUUAUAAAAAGAUUAUCCUUUCAUUUCAAACUAAGAAGUUUGUAUGAAAAUAUUGUUUAUAAUGAAAUUUUUUAGCAGUAUUGAUAACUGUACACUUGUAUUUGUACAAAUUUAAGUGAUAAAAGUUUCAUAAAUUGAGCAUUGAUAAAGAAAGACAGAGUAGUCUUGUAAAUGAACUGCAGUCAAAGCAAAAGCUGACUUCAUAGUUUUUUUCACACUGUGCGUAUUUAUGUAGCUACAUAAUAAAAGUUAGUUUAAAUGUUCAAAUAAAUGCGUACGAUCUUUCUCUAGGUGACGGGGUAUACAUCAACAAUCCUGGUGGUCAGCCUGUAAUUGCUAGAAUCGAUAAAAUAUGGACUGACAAUUUGUAAGGCAGUUCACUAAUUUGUGUAAAUUUAUUCAUUUAUUUCUACUUAGUUAAAUUUUAAAAAAAUAUUUACAUCAUUGUUUAAACACCUUUAUAUUUUAAAAAAUAAACUGACAAAGUCAAGCAAUUCAACCAUAAUCAUGUGUUUACUGACAUUUCAAUAUAUCUCUGCAGAGGUGAAGCUUUCUUUCACUAUGCCUGUUUUCUACGUCCGUCGGAAGUGGAUCAUGCUCCAACACGUUUAUUUUAUAAAAAAGAAGUGUUCCAGUCGUCACUUGAGGAUUGUGCACUUAUCAAAAAUAUUGUGGGAAAAUGUUGUGUUCUUCACAUGAAAGAUUAUUGCUCAUGUUAGUAUAUCUUACCUUAAAUAUCAUCUUUUAAAAUUGGGAAACUAUUUCUCUUAGUUCUUGUUAUUUUAGUGAACUAUUGCAAUGCACACAUUUUCUAUCUUAUGCUCACUGCUUUUUUCAUCCUAGUUUACCAUGCUUUGUUAAAAUAACAUGUUUUACAGGCCGCCCAACUGAAAUUUCUGAGCAUGAUGUUUACAUAAAUGAAUCAAAAUAUCAAGAAGCAGAUAAAUCCAUUAAAAGACAAAAACUGCUUAAGGUGAGUGUAUUGUGAAUUUUUGAUUCUAUAGCUUACAACAUUUAAGCUAUCUCUCAGCACAAAACUUUCUGCAAUGUAGUCAUGAUGUUAAAAUCCAUAUAAUUAUCAAAAUAACCUUACUUCAUGUACUUAGUUCAAGAGUAAAAGGCUUUAGUGUUUGAAAAUAUAGCAAAAACAGAUGCAUUGAUUAGAUAUACUUUUUUACUUAUAUACAAUUAUAAGAAGAAGAAGUAUAUAAAUUUCACAUAGUUCGUUGCUACAUUCAUGUUGUACAAAUUUUCAAAUAAUUUAAAUUAUGUGAUAUUUUUCUUUUGCAGAAAUACACUUUGUCUCCUAAGGUGGUUGAUGAUGAAAUUUACUUUUUUAGAAAGCCAAUAGCUUUGGGAAAGGUAAAUUAAAUAGAAGAUAGAUACAAAAAAUAUAUACUAAGAAAAAAAUCAGCUUAAAAGGUGAUGAAAAUUCUGCAAUAGUUAUGAAAAUUGUAUAAAGCUAUUGGUUUGUCAUUAUUGUACUUUCAUACAAAGUAUUGUAUUGUUUGCUAUUAAUGUAUUAGUGGUAAUAAAUAAUAAUACUGUUCACAAGAAUGUCAAAAUAGUUCAGUUUGAAAUAUCUGCUGUCAAUAGGUAAAAUUUAUUCUAAAAUAUGAAAUUCAACCAAAUUAAUUUUGCCAGGAACCGUCCCCCCUGUUAAUGAAGCAAAGUGCUGAGGAGACUUUGUUCCUUGAUAAUGAGGACUCACUUGGAGUGGAGCCUGAGGCCAGCAAUGAUGGAAUGUCUGUCAGUAUGGAUGUGCCCAGUCCAGCUCCAACCAAGUCCCACAAGAAGGUCAGUCUCGGAGAUAUCUCUUUAUAAUCCAAACACACCAAUAGCAUUUUUAACAACUAUUUUAAGUUUAAGACGAUAUUUGUAAAAAAAAUGAAAAAGAGCAAGAGAAGUAAGUUAUUGUAACCAAUAUUAAACAGUACAAUAUACAGCUCAGCCAGAAUGUAUACUAAAUAGAUUUAAAGUAAAUGUUUUUAAGACAAUCAGGUUAUUCAUAUUUAAUCCUAAAAAAUGAAAUUAACAGUUUAUUUCCUCUUUUCAUUUGAAAAUGCUCAUCAAAAGUAAUCUCUUGCAAUAAAGUUUAAUCUGUUUUAUCAAUUGUUAAGUCUUUGCAAAUUAUCACCACACUGUUUUACUUCAUUUUAAAACAAUGAAAGGCUUAAUAUAUAUAUAUUUUUUUUUUUGCACAUGGACAUUAUAGCUAGUUUUGUAAUUCAAAGAAAACUUUUCAUUCUGAUAAAUACAAAAAAAAAUUCAAUUGAACAGUGUCCAGUGUUAAAAAAUAAAAUUUCAGCAGUGCUCAUCGCCUAGUACUGAAUGGCUUCUGGUUAGUGGAUAAGUUCUCUGAUAUGCUUUAAGCGGCUUUUGGGAUUCCAUUUGGUCAAUUACAAACACUAUUUAAAUAUGAGCUUGAAUUUUUCAGAAACCAUUAAACCCACGCAGGCAACCAAGUGGCUACAUAGUGUUUGCUGGUGAGAUUCGAAAGCAGAUUUCACAAGAUAACCCUAGUUGCUCAUUUGGAGACAUUAGCAAGAUUGUAGGCACCAAGGUCUGGAGAUUUGAAAGUUAUUACAAACAUUUUUUUUUACUGUGUUCAAUUAAAAAGCAUUUAUGGUUUAAACAGCAAGCAGUAUAAUUUAGUCAUGGGAUGACUUCGGGCACAAAGCUUAUCCUAAGGAAGCCCAUGGUAGAGAAGUUACAAGAUAAAGACAGCAGCCCUUAACUUCAAAUUGGAUCAAAUUUUUAUAAAUAAAAUCUAUUGAUUUUUUUUUAAGGACUACUAAAGCAUUCAGGCUUUGUUGGCACUGUCACAAGCUCCCUUAUGCCAAGUGACACUUUGUCUAAUUUCUUCAAAGCCUCUGACACCACCUUGUUUUGAUGUGCCCAAGGAAACACAAUGAAAAUACAAUAAACAAAAUAAAUCCUCAACCUAAUUUAAAGUGAUGAAAGCUAUUUUACUAUCUAAAUACACUAUGUAACAUAAUAGAAGAUAUAUAACACAUACACUAUGAGAUAUGCAUGAAAUAUGAUUGGGAACUACCCCAAAAGAAAAGCUAUGAAAUAUGGAGUGCUGUCAUAUCAUUAUAAUUAUUCAAAGAACAUAUGCAAAGUACAAUUAAGACACUAAAGAGGCACUUCUCACUUAUGCUUCAAGCAAGAUGCUACACCUCUUUAUAGUGGAGUGUUGAAUGACUGUCGCCUCUAUUACGUAUGGGUCUGUCCAAGUAGCGGCUUUUCGGACCCGUGUCCCUUUAGACUCGAUGGCCAUUCGGAUGUCAUUUGUGGUUGUUUACUUUAGGUAAACUGAAGAAGUAAGUUUACAAACAUAUAAAGUAAACAACUACAAAUGACAUCCGAAUGGCCAUCGAGUUUAUGGAUGUUUAAUGGAAGAAAAUUCCAUUGUUUGGGUGCCCAGAAACAGAACGAUCGUUCAUCGUAUGUUCUUGUGCGAGUCUUGGGGACAGAAAGAAUAUACACGUCUGCGGAGGAGCGAAGCUGUCGAAGGGGUGAAUAGACACUUGUCAGGCUUUCCCAUCCAAAACUAGGUGUGUCAGCUUAAGAACAAACAGGCUUUAGAAAGAGUAUCUACUGUAAUUUUUGAAACACAAUAAACAGCCACCCUGUGUCAUACAUUUCUACAAUAAUAAUAUUUAAUUAAAAAGAACGAUUAAAUUUUCUAUCAGGUAAGGAAACACGCUGGUAAAUUCUGACAGUUUGGGAAACAAAUGAAUUAUCUUUACUUUCAGAGAAAGGAUUUGCCAUGAUUGUGCUGAUCUUAAGCAACCAUUGUCUUUAAAAAAAAAAUUAAAAUAUAUGAGUUUUGAUCAAAUUAACAUUUGUUUAAACAGUGGAGAGCGUUGUCUAAAGCUGAAAAAGAUGUGUUUGAAGAGAAAGCCCGUAAGAUAGCAGAGGAUAUGAAUGCUAAGCACGUGGAAGCAGACAAAGCAGUAGUUGACCCUGUGCGAUCUCAGAGCCCCUGGUCAGAUUUUGGAGGUGAGACUAACAGCAUCAGUGUUUUAAAUGUGUAUGAAAAGCAUUGCACUUGCUUUUGUAAUGCUUUUAAUUAAGGGGAGAGACCGGAUAUUUUUUUUAAAGCUUUCCUUAAUUUUCAAAAUCUAUAAAUUCUGUUGUGCAAUCAUUUCUAUUAUUUAUUCUUUAAAUAUUUCCAUAUGAAAUUAUUUUUACCAAACUGUAAAAUUAAAAUCAUAGAAUCACUUUCAAGAACAUUGCUUUCUACAAAGGGAUGUGAAAAUUAUUACAUCAUAUUGCUUUCUCUCAAAUGACAGUGUUAGAAUUGCUUUUUUUUUUUCUCCUCCUCAAUGAAAAAUUAUAUCUCUCUUGAGAGUUUUGAAGAAAAUUUUAAGAAGGAUAGAUAACUCAAGCUGAUUACUUUGAAUUUUAUUGACUUCCCCAGCUCUUAAUGUUGCUUUCUUGCAUGACUUGUUUUUGGUCUUUUUUUAUAUUAUUCAUCUGUUUUUUGUUUUCUAUUUUAAUUUUUGUUUUGUCACUUUGUUUUUUUCUUCCCCCUACUUUUCCCUGUUUUGUAGCUGCCCCAGCCACCCCUGUUCACCCUCAACAUCAGGCUAACCAGCCAGGGUUCCCGAGCUUUGCCCUUGGUCCCAUGACCCCAGCAGGUGAGAUUAAAUGCAUUAUGUACAGUUCUCAAUGUUGCAAACUUUGAAAAUAUAAGACUACAGUUUACUCCUGAUACGUCAAAUUAGAAUAAACCAUAUUAUUUUAAAGCCAUGGCUUAUUUUGUGUUUUCAAAUUCAAUCCAUCGUUGAAAAAGUAAAACUUUAGGUAGCUUACAACAAUUCUUUAUGUUAAUACCAUUUUGAUUCAUUUAGAGUUAUCAACAUUAAUUGAAAUUACUGUUACCUAACCCAACCUAGCUUUAUUAGUGUAAUGCUGCUAUACUCUCUCAUUUCUAAGAAGUCUCUGAACCCGGCCUGGUUUGCAUGAUCUUAAUCCCCUGAUAUUGUUGUCUUGAUGUUGUAUACAAAGGUUCACUGGGCUCUGUAAAUGUUAACAUUUUCAUGCAAUAUUUGUGUGCUGCUCAAUUAAGUGUAUUUUUUUAUACAAAGACAUCAAAAAGCUCUGUAGACUCUUAUAUAUUUUUGCACUUGACAAACUGCAAUUUCCUUGUGGUCCUUUGGGAUCUGAUAAAAUUUAUAUUGUCUCCAGAAAGUAUUUAUUGUUCAAGAAUAUUUUUGUCCGACUGAUGUUUAUGAACUGAAAAGGGUACUGUCAUUUUUAGCAUAAGUUGAUAUAGAAAAGAUCUUUUGUGUUGAGUUGAUUUCAUGAAUGAAAAGAUCACCUUUAAUAAUUGAUGAUAAACUAAAGAGCCAUUAAAAUUUUAAUUAAUUAGACACGAACAAUUUGUGUCAAUAUAACAAUAUAUGUUAAGCUUUAAUAAUAAUUUCAUAUAAUACACAAGUAAACGUUUCGGCACAUGCCUUCAUCAGUAUAAAGACAAAAAAUUUUAAUUAGCAUAAAUUAAAUUUACAUAAUAAAUAUAUAUACAUAUAUCCUACCUAAAAAAAAAAGAGAAAAAAUAGGAGUGGGUGCAAAAAUCCAGACAGAAACAAAGUAAAGAAGAAUGGAAAGGAAGGGAUUUGAAGUAAAAUGUAAAAAACCAAACAGGAAAAAGACAAGGCAGCUACGUAAAAUUGUGGAUUUGGUUUAUUCCGUAGGGAGUCAACGUACCAAAUCUUAUUCAUUUAUUCUCCAUAUAGAUCCUAUCCGGUGUGUUACUAGUAUACAGUAUAAAAUUCCAUCAUGGUUAGUACUAUUGAAAUGUUUGGAGACUGGAGAGAGAGCUUGUUUAUUUAUGUUAUAGAGGUGUUCUCUAAACCGAUCUCCAAGGCGACUACCUGUCUUUCCUACGUAUAAUUUACCGCACUUUUUACAAAGGAUGGUGUAAAUCAUGUUGUGACUUGUCCAGGUAAAGCCAUCUUUUAUUUGAAUAUUUCCGGAGGGAAAGUAAUCUUAUUAACUUCAAUCACAUAGGGACAUGUGUUACAACGGCUACGGUUGCAACUUUUGGUGCCAUUAUGUGCUUUAAUAGCAGGGAGGUGGCUUUUAACUAGCAUGUCCCUAAGGCUCCUGUCCCUCCGGAAAGUGAAAAUAGGAGGUUUUCUGAAAAUGUCAUUGGUGACAGGGUCUGCCAUAAGAAUUGAGCGGUUUUUCAGAACCAGAAAACGAGCUUUAAGGUUGUGGGGAUGAAAAGUUAAAAUAAAUUUAGACCUAUCCCUAGUGUCAGAAUAAGUAGCUUUAAAAGAAUCCUGUCUAGUCAUACCUUUAACUCGAGUGACAUUAAAAUUUAAAAACAAUUUCUCUAAAAUUCCUUUAGCAAAAAGUUUUUUAAGCUACAUAUUAAAAAAAUAACAACCUUUGUUUUGGAAAAGAAUACACCCAAUUUAAAAUAUUGAAUUAAAUAAGAAAACAUGAAAUUUUUAAUAUAUAUUGUUUUUCUGGGGAAGUAUUAUCAAAUUAGCCGGUGGAAAUAUUCAUGAAAUGUACUUAUUAAUUAAGUGAAUUUCUUUCUCUCCAUCUAUAAAGUUAUGUUUCUGGCGUAAGUGUAAUUUGAAAAUGCAUUUUAAAAAAGUACAGCAUGCAACAUUAACAUUUCAGGCCCCUACAAUGGAAGUCCACUGGCUCAGUCUGGUAUGGCCAAUGGAAUGCUGUACUCACCACAAGGAUACCCCUCUCCUUUACCACUGAUUAAUGGCCAUAGCCCUUACUUAAUGGGUCAGCAAUUCUCCUAUAAUACCAGCAGCACUUUAUAUAAACCUUUAUAUAAUCCAUGCUUCUCCCAAACUCUGGGAGAUACACCCCAAAUAUCUUGCUCAAAUGUAUCCGCAUUUAAUCAGCAUGAAGGUAUUGUCUCUUGUAUGCAACUCUAGAAUAGAUGCUUUACUCGUUCUGCUUCUCGUAUUGCCAGAGAAACUUGCCUCUAGUCAUUUUUUUAAAAAGAUGUGACAUCAUUAGUACUACUUCCUUUCUGUUAAUUAUUUCAAGAUUUUUACAUUUUACGCCUUUAAUAACUUUAAAAAAAAUAAUAACAUGGGGACAUAAUAAAUAUAAAAAGAUUUUUAGCUUAUAAACAUCCCAAAACAAAUCAUAUUUUUAAACUAUCAAUAUCUUGCAACAUUAACAACAAAAUUAUUAAAAGUUUUCAAAUUUGCAGCUUAGAAUUUAUUUGUUAUAAAAAAAAGGUUAAAUUACUUAUCCUUUUCAAUGUUUGUCAGUUGAUUUCUCACAGUGAGAAGCAUCUUCAAUAUUAAUCUUCAAAUUGGACCAUAAUCAUAUGAAGCUACCUUUUUACUUAUUUUUUAAAAUAAUAAUCAUUUGCAUUUAUCAAAUCAUUGUUAUACGUCACAAAUGAUUCUAUGUGUAAUUAAAUAGCUUUUCCAAUUACAUUUCUCAAUAUAUUUUCCUUCCAUCACCACAGAUGGCAGGUAAGGUCUAGUAUAAAAUACAUAUAAGCAUUGUCAAGGUUGAUACAAAAACUCUUUAUAGAAAUGUUUCCAAGAUAUUAGACUGCCCAGUUUAUGGAAAGUUUACGCUUUUACAUGUUACCUAGUCUAUGCAUAGUCAUCUAUUCACAAAGUAACAAACUUUAGUUCAGAAGUAAAACAAUUCUGGUUUACAUGACAAUCUCGUUAAAAGGAAAUGUUCAGCCAUCAUUCCUAAUUUUUCCCACAUAAGUUCUAUUGAUUUCUUAUGUUGACAUUAAAGCAAGCUUUAACAAUGUAUUUAAACCAUUUCUACUAAUUCAAUGGUAAAAAGCUCUGUCUCCAGAUAUAACACAGUAUAACAAUACAGAUCUCUUUCACUUUAUUUAGGUUAUUCACAUUGUUAAAAAUAGAAAAUAUUUACAAUAUAUUCUUUUUAUUUGUAAACUUGACUCUUUAGUCUGAUAUUUAACAUGUAUCACCAAACAGUGUUUCUGGUAAUUAUGAGUAAAUAAUUUCAAGGUAAAAUUUAUAAUCUGUAAAUGUACAACUUCCCUUUGAUAUAAACUGACUUAAAAUGUUAAAAUGAGUUUUAGCGCAAAAUUAGUACUUUCCUGGAAUUAAAUGGUUAGAGAGAAAAUGUAAUUUUUAUCAAGACCAGGAAGUAAGCUGGGAUCAUCAGAGAACCCAUAGGUUUUAUUGAAAAAUGAAGAGGGCCUGUUAGACUGCAUCAUUUCUAUGCCUGCUUUAAGCAUACUAAAAGCUUUUUAACUCAAAUUUAGUUACAGCAACAAAACUAUUGCAUUUCAUACACACAAAGUAUGCUUUAAUGAUAGUCAACUUUGCUUAAAAAUUAAAGACAUGCUCCUGGGACUUGAGAGAAUAAGCUUAUUUCAAAUUAUGUAGGAUGAUUUAAAAUAAUGUAUUGGGUGUCGGCCCAUUUCAUUUUGUUAUAAUAAUGUUUGAUUAUUUUACAAUGCCUAAUGCAAAGAUUAUUUUUGCAAUGCCUCAUUCAGAAAUUAUUUUACAGCAUUAAAAAAAAAAUACACUGACAAAAUGUAAAGGUGAUCUUUUGCAAAUUAUAUCCAAAAAUAUCAGCUUCAACAUUAUAUGCUUGCUUAACAUUAAAAUAAUGUUUUUUAUUUUUUUAUUAAAAAAAUAGAUUGGCAAUAAUAAACCUUUGCUGAGAGCUUCUGCUUCUUUAACACAAGUUUCAUAACAAAAAUAUAAAAACCAAGUGUUUAUGUCACAACAUCUGAUCUUAGCACAAGCAGUUAUUCUUCUCUGAUCAAUAGUUUAUCUCUGUGUUGAAUAAUAAGUCAAGUAGUUAUUUUGUGCCAUUUGGCUACCGAUAAUGAAACAUGUAAAUAUUAGUUUUAUGGCAGUGGAAUAUCUGAACCAUUUAUUUAAUGUAUUCAUGGCUGCAACCAAAUUUAUAAUUCACAUUGACCAGGUCAACCUAAUGGUCCACAACAGUGCCCUCCCUCGCCAAUGUUUGUUUCCGUCCCACCCAGAACGCAGAAGCUGAUGCAUUCUGAAACUUACAUCAGGUUUGAAAUUAAUUAUUAUUAAACUUGGAGUUUCAAAAUAGAUAGUACCUGAUACAAAUUCAGUUAAUUUGUCUCAUUUCAAUUUUAAAAUAAACAUGUGAUAUUAUUUUUCCAUUAGGGUGAUUAUUUAGUUUUAUUGUAUCUUCCAGAUACAUCGAAGGCCUCACCUCCGAAUCUCACACCAUAUCGAACUGGGACAGAACAUUGUCAGCAACACAAGAGAAUACACCUGCCAUAAAUGAGGCCAGUCUACCUGGACAGUGGUUAGCUCAAGCAGCCGGUUGUCAUGGAAGCAUCACCAGUGCUUUAUGGGCUCUCCGUGAUUUCAUGCUGAAAGAUGCCCUAAACAUUGCUAGGACAGUUCCAUUUGAUGACCUGUGAUCUUUUUCUCUAAGAACCUAUUUGGUUGCAAUAAAUAAAAUAUAAUGUAUUUCAGUAGAUUCUAAAGUAUUUAUGUCAUUCGAAGUUUAGCAAAAACAUCCCUUCCUGAAAUAUUGCAUUUGCAGGUCAAUCCAGACAUCUUAUUUUAUUUAAGAAUAGUGUUUUCCUUCUUUUCUUUUUUUUUAAUGUCAGGAUAUGUGGCUUUCAUGUAAUGCCCUGCUUCCAAAUAUUUUUUUAAUGAAAAAAACAGGCAUUAUAGUGUAAAAAUUAUAAACGAAUCCAGCGUGUCCAUCAUUAGAAUAUUUUAUAAUUAGGGCAUUAUUUUUUUACACAAAUAUUGUAAAUAAACAUUUAAGAAAUUUGAGAGGUCAAAGCAUUUGAAUAUUAUAAAACAUUUUCAUGUGCAUGCUGGAGUAUGGAAUUGUUCUUUGAAAAACAUUCAACAAAUGCAUCUUUUUCCCAUAUUUCUCUUAUUUUUGUUGAUUACAUACAAUCUGGUAAAGUUUAAAAAUUCAUAAAUUACACAUAAAAAUGAAUGCAUUUGUAUGUCAUCUCUAACAGAAAUUGCACCUGUAAUUGGUGCAACAUUAAUAAAAAUCAAAUGCAUUUCCAUAUGAAUGCAGUCAGGCAGCAAUCAUCUUUAACAUAACCAUUCACAUGUCAUCUUAUCUCACACAACAAUAUUUAAUUUUAUGUAAAUAGCUGCAGUUUUAAUUUAUAACUGUUUUCAUAUCCAAAGUCUUAAAGUCUUGAUGUUGGCUAUAUAGAUUUUGAGGUUUUCUUGCUUAUUUAACUAUUUAUUUGUUAAAAUUAAGUGCUCACUUUGAAAACCAGGCUCUCUUUCACACUUGGACAUAUGAAAAAACAACAAAUAAAAACUGUCACUUCCAAUUAUAUGUCGUAUUUAUUUCACCUUUGCAUAGAAUCUCAUUAAUUGCAUAUUUAUAUUUGAAAUUUAGUAAUCUACUAUAACAACAUUACUUGAUUCUUUGCUAUACAGUUUCUGCUCCCAAAAAAAUGUUGGGCUCUUAGUUGGGCAUACAGUUACAGCACCUCAAAUUUCUGCUGGCUACAAGAUUGUGAUGGCAUGGUUGUAGGUAAAUUGUUAGGCUUGCCUGAAGUGUGACUUUUCUAGAAAAAUUAUGAGAAAGCUAUUGUACUAUUUCUCUUUUACCCCUCUUAAAUAUAAGUUUGUGAACAACUGUACUAUUGGGUAUUUUAAUGUUUAAAUAUUAGUAAUAAAUAACUCACAAAUACAUAUUGCAUUUUUUUGUCAACCCGUGAUCUUGUUUCAUAUAGUUGUGCCUUUUCCCCUUCACAAACAUCAUUACUCAACAGCCCAUAUUUCUUUAAUUUAACCUGCAUUAAAAAUUUAUGGGAUAGGUGAUUACUUAUGUAAAUACACAACUUGAUUUUUGUAUUUUUUUUUAUUUAUUAAAUUUGCGGUCAGAUUAGUCCAGUCUUUGGGUGUGUGACAUUACAUUUUAGAAGAAAUAUUCUUAAGAAGUUUUUAUUAUAUUACCAAAGCUAGAUUUUGUCAAGUACCAGUACUCUACUUCCAAUUUUAAAUACUUGUCAUUUUACAAAAAUCAUGUUUUAAACUUCUUUCUGUUUAAAAAUCAGAAAUUGAAACUUUAUUAGUGUAAUAGCUCUAACCAAGACACCAUAUCUUUUGCAUGAGGAAGCCUAGAGCAUUGCAAGUCAAGAGUCUAGAGAACAGGUCUACCAAUAUAAGCAACCAAUCGAUAUAAUAUUUGAAGUAUUACUGUGUUAUGGUCCUUGGAUUUGGGAAAAGGGAGGCUGAUGAUCUACCUCGGCACACAAAAAUGAGAAGCACUGGUUUAUAGGUGUAUCUAGAAAUCUAACUUAACUUCAAAGUUCUUUCUCUGCUUUUCUUUCACAUAUAUAGGAUGAAAUUUACAUCUUCAACAGAUAAUCUUUUAAAAUGUUGAGCCUUCAAAGACUAUUAAGAGUGUAUUGUACUUUUUAGUGUAUGUCAUCCACCAAUUAGUAACGUUUUAUUUUAUUUUUGCCAUGUAAAGUUCACAUUUGUUUUGUUAAAUCUCCUUUUUUAAUACACAAUCGAAAUUCUGCCAUAUACUUUUUCAUCUUUUAGACCAGUUCUAUUCUCUACCAUAAUUAUUAUGGCCUGAAGUAUAUAAACUAACCCGAAUAAUUUGAAGUUUCUUUUAAAAACAAUUUUUGCAUACCAAAGAAACAUCUGAAUACAAGUUUUGACCAUAUCCCCUCCAUUGAAAAUAAUUUCUUUAAAAUUUGAUGUCAAAAUUAUACAAUUUAAUACUUAACUUUCAUUUACUAAUCAUGUCCUUCCCUUUUUUGAUUUUUCUUUUUAGCCUAAGUUCUGGUAUUGCUAUUUAGAACACUUAUGUUUCUAAAUUUUUAUUUAAAUGGGAGCUAAUCGAAGCAAGAUCCUGAAUGGGCAUUAUUUCAUAACAGUUAAACAAUAUGUAUUCUUAUUUAUAGGUAGCCAACAAAAAAAAGAAGACAAGGCAAUUAUAAUCAUCAUAAAUAGGUAUUCCUUGUUUAUUAUUAUGGAUAACUGUUGUGUUAAUAAUAUUUUUUUUAUAUUUUUAUUAUGUCUCUGUUCACUUUUAAUAUAAUUUUUUAUGUGGAAUUUGUUAUACUCACC